AUGGACAAGAAGCGAGCGUCCAGUGUGUCGGCGGCGACGCCGACCGUCGCGUUCGCCAUGAGUGACUCAACGAUGGCGAACGAUGCGGACAAUAUCGUCAAGUACAUCGACACGGAGCUCACGAUUAUCCAGGACGACAUUCCGACGCUGACGGGGGAGCAGACCACCGACACGAAUGGCAUUCCAUUGUACAAAUGGCGCACCAGCCUCUUCGCCUUCUCGUCGUUCAACUUGUCGCUAAGCCUCUUAUCGGUCGUUGCGCCCUGCGUCCCCGUGGGUCACAUCGCCCAACGCGUCGGCCUCGGCCAAUUUGUUCUCGUUCUCGUCGUCGCUGGUGUAUUUUACGUCGCAAGCUUUGGCUUGAGUUUUCUGCAACGGCCUCUCGUAAAUGCCAUCGCAACUGCAUGCUCCCUCAACUUCAUCGGUUUCUUGGCCGUCCUCCGCUCUCGCGUGCGUCAAUUGUUCGAUAUCCCUGGGUCGUUGCUGUCCGAUACGUGCACCGUCAUGUGGUGCGGCUGCUGCGCCAUCGCUCAAAUGUCUACGCACGUCGAGGCCAUGGACACUAGAAGCUGCUGCUCGCUGGUUCCUCGCGACGUCCUGCCAGGAUACAAGUAG